AUGCGACCUUUCAGGCGACUCCUCCGCCAGCCCAUUCCCACCCGACAGCAUCUUCACCAGCGACAUCCAAAUACCCCUCCCCACCACCCCGCUGACGUCCUCCGCCCAAGUCGUACCACCUUCUACCCAUCUGUUCAGCCUCUCGCGCCGCGACUCGGUGCGCCUAGCCCGAAGCGCAGCGACCUUGAUCCUCUUGCGCUUGCUAUUGCUUUCGCCGGUGCUUGCUUGAGCGGCGAGUACAUUAUAAAGAAGUACUACUGGGACGAAGACGAGGAUACAGAGCAGGAGAAUACAGACAACACCCAAAAGAAAGACAGAGCAGACUCUACACACCACGAAGAAGCUCUCUCCACCCUCGAACACCUCGAGCGCCUGGCCGUCCUCUACCCGCACACCAUGGCGCCGAACAUGCCGCCCGGCCGGCCUGGCAAUCUAACCGCAGACCAAGAGACCAAGCUGAAAGAAAUGUGGCUCGCCGUCCUCGAAGUCUUCGGCGUAGCCCACGAGCCCUCGCAAUCAAACGGCACCGCGACGCCCUCAGACUCCACAACCACCCCGGACAAGAAAAAGAAGAAGUCGCGGUUAUCCCUCCUCGGCAAGAAAGACAAGCACGACGCCGACGGCGUGGACAACGACAAGCACGGCCAGACCAGGGAGUUCCAGCAAGCGCUCGCCUCGCAGUCCCCAGAAGCCCUACGAGAAGCCUUCUGGAGCAUGAGCAAGCACGACCAUCCCGAUGCGCUCUUACUGCGCUUCCUGCGCGCGCGGAAAUGGGACGUGCAAGCCGCGCUGGUGAUGAUGAUCUCGACGAUGCACUGGCGCAGCACGGAGAUGCAUGUGGACGACGACAUCAUGAUUAAGGGCGAGGAAACGGCGUUGAAGGAGAGUAAGAGCGCGAAUGCGGCGGAGAAGAAGGAGGGGGAUGAUUUCAUGGCGCAGUUGCGGAUGGGGAAGAGCUUUCUGCACGGAUGCGACAAGGAAGGGCGGCCGUGUUGUUGGGUGCGGGUGAGGCUGCAUCGGCAGGGCGAGCAGAGUGAGCGGAGUCUAGAGCGGUUUACCGUGUACACGAUUGAGACGGCUCGGAUGAUGUUGCGGCCGCCGGUGGAUACUGCGACGAUCGUCUUCGACAUGACCGACUUCAGCAUGGCCAACAUGGACUACACCCCCGUCAAAUUCAUGAUCAAAUGCUUCGAGGCCAACUACCCGGAAUCCCUCGGCUCGGUGCUCGUCUACAAAUCCCCCUGGAUCUUCCAGGGCAUCUGGAAAAUCAUCCGCGGCUGGCUCGACCCCGUCGUCGCGGGGAAAGUGCACUUCGCUUCUCACGUGGAGGACUUGCAAGAGUUUAUCCCAAGAGAUCAUAUCCCCAAAGAACUCGGCGGGACGGAGGAAUGGACGUACUCUUACGUCGAGCCGACGGAGGGCGAGAACGCGCGGAUGGCGGAUACGGCAGGGAAAGAGAAGGUGUUGGAAGAGCGGAAGGAGCUGGUGCGCAGCUACGAGUCCGAGACAAUGGCGUGGGCGCACGGGGAGGAUAAAGGCGAAGGGAGGGGCAGGCUGGCGGAGCGGUUGGCGGAGAACUAUUGGCGCGCGGAUCCGUUUUUGCGGGCGAGGAGUUUGUAUGAUCGCACGGGGGUGUUGAGGGAAGGGGGGAAGUUGGAGUUUUAUUCGAGUGGUAAGGCUGCUGGUGCUGCUGCUGCGUCGACGGGAGGGGGCCCGGGGGACGAUGAGGUGGAUUGA